UUUUUAUCUUUUAAUUUUAAAAACAUAAUUUGACAAUAUUUUGUUUCCUUUUUUAAAAAAUAUCGAAUAUAAAAUAAAACAAUCCUAUUGGUUGGUGAACCUAGAAAUUCACCAUAGGGGGUGGACCUAAGAAUAAGUCAUAUAAAUAUCCAUUAUGUAGAUAGUAAACACAAAAGUUGCCUCUUCUAAUCCUCUUUGACCACUAUUUCUUUCUCUGUCUUCCUCAAAAACUAAUCCCCAGAGAUAUGGCAGAACUAAGUUUUUAUGUCGGAGUCAUAGGAAAUGUAAUAUCGGUGCUUGUCUUCCUCUCUCCUGUGGAGGCGUUUUGGAAGAUAGUGAAACGGAGAUCGACGGAGGAGUAUGAGUGUUUGCCAUACAUUUGCACGUUGUUGGGUUCGUCGUUAUGGACAUAUUAUGGAAUAGUGACACCUGGAGAAUACUUGGUUUCGACGGUCAAUGGAUUUGGAGUUCUUGCUGAAUCCAUCUAUGUUCUCAUUUUCCUCUUCUUUGUCCCAAAACCUAGAUUCUUAAAAACAAUUACUUUGGUUCUAGCUCUGAACAUUCUUUUCCCAGUUAUAGCAAUUGUGGGAACAAGAACUGCGUUUGGAGAUGCAAAAACGCGUUCUAACUCAAUGGGUUUCAUUUGUGCUACUCUCAACAUUAUCAUGUAUGGUUCUCCUCUUUCCGCUAUUAAAACAGUUGUGACAACGAAGAGCGUGAAGUACAUGCCGUUUUGGCUAUCGUUUUUCCUCUUCUUAAACGGCGCGAUUUGGGGUGUCUACGCUUUACUCGUACACGAUGUUUUUCUACUAGUGCCAAAUGGAAUGGGCUUCUUCCUUGGGACAAUGCAACUCCUAAUUUAUGCGUUUUACAGAAAUGCCAAACCAAACGUAAAAGAUGAAGAGGAAGCCCUCGCUCCAAGCCAACCUCUCCUUUCUUAAACAUAAUUUGUAUGAAUGAAUAAAAAAUCUAUGUAUUUUUUUUCUUUUGGCGAGUGAUCAUUGAUAGUAUCUAAUUUGUUUUUACAUAUCCGAGCGUGAGUACAUGUGUGACAUUGAAGGAUUUGAUUAUAAAUAUGUUUUUUGGAAGAUUAUAACGAAUCUAGAGAAACUGUUAUGAUUUGUUGUUAAAAUUGUCCAAAAUAUCACUAAUCAAUCAAAAAUUUGAAAGAUUGUGUUAAAAUAACAAAUCUCAUUUGAUUUAAUGAUGAACUAGAUUUUGACCCGCGCUUCGAAAGCGUGAGUUUUUUUAUUAUAAAGAAAGUUUGAUAUGAAUUAGUAUUUUUUGAUUGUACGUUAUUAGUUUAUUUGAAAUUUUGUAUGUAUAUAUUCUUUUGUAACUCUCUCUUAGGUAUGAAAAUUUUAUCCGGAUCCAAAAAAAAUCAACUGAAACCGAGUAAAAGAUAUAGGCCUGGUUCGGUUCCGGAUACAUGGCAAAUUACCUAUUGGGUAUGUUUUUGGACAUGUGAUCUCGGUUUGGGUCUGGAUCUUACCGGAGACCCGAUCGGGUACCCAAAAUAUGCGAAAUAUUUUGUUUAGAUUAGGUAUUUUUGGGUAUUUCGGAUAUGUUGCUGGUGUUACAGAUAUUCUUUUAACUUUCAAGUUUGGGUUUUCGGUUAUAGUUUUGGAUAAAUUUUCAAAAUUUUAAAAUAUAUUUCAGGUAUUUGGAUAACUUUUUGGUUCAUCGGAUAUGAUUUCAGGUAAAAUUAGUUUUUUGACUAUUUGAAUAUUUUCGGGUAUUUGUUUGAAUUUUUGGGUGUUUGUUCGGGUUUGAGUGUUUUCGGGUUUGGAUGUUUUCGGGUUUUUGGGUACUUCGGGUUUUUUUGGACUGAUUCGGACCCAAUACAUUCCUGAAAAUUAUAGGUAUUUUAGAGAUAUUUAAAUUAUGGGUCUGAACCAAUCUGGACUGAAAAAACUAACCCAAACCCAAGCCAAAUUUUUUUAAAAUAUCUAGUUAACUCCAAAUCUUUAGGAUUCAAAGGACCCAAAAUCAAAAAGAACCGCCAUGUACCUAACCCAAUGAUCCAAAUACUCAAGGCUACUCUCUUUCAAUAUAUUUGUGUGUAUUUUAUAAGAGUUAAUGCAUUUGUUCACUUGAUAAAACUUAAGAUUUGUUUGGCAUAUUUUUAGCUAACUAAAUAGUAUAAAUUUGUAGGGUUUUAAUAUUUUUAAAAAAUUUAUCUUAAAUAAUAAUUUUUUAUUAUAAAUAUUUUCAUUAAAAAAAAUUUCGUAAUACAUAUAAUUUUUUAACAGAUGAUUUGUUUUUUUUUUUGUCAAAAUUGAUUUUGUAAAUAGUUGGAUAUAUGUUUGACAAUUUUGAAUUACAUUAAAAAUGUUAAUUUUUUCAGUGUUCAAAAGUUUAUAUUUUGUUGAUAAGUACUUGCCGUAUAUUAAUAGUCAGGUUAAAGGUCGUCGUGAAUAUUGAAAGAUAAGUUAUAUCAAGGAUUAAAAUGUUUAUAUUGAAAUCAAUAUAUGGUUCGCAAUCUUUUUUAAGAAAAUGAAUUUAUCAAGGUAUUAAAUUUAGCAAGAGAUAUUAAUAUGAUUAUGUGGAGGAUGCUUUAAUUGCAGUUAUUGUAUCCUGUAUUAAUAUGGCUAUUAAUAAAAAUGUUAGAUAGUUAGAGAAAAUAAAGGUAGGAUCAAAAAAUAUUAAUGAGUAGGUGCAACAAACUUUUUGUAAGUAGAUUUUUAGGAUGAUUUUAUUUUAAUAGUAUAGAUUAAAAUAUAUAAAGGAAGACCAAAAAAAGUUAGUCUAAUAAAAGAGUCCAACAACCUUGUAUAAGUAGAUUUUUCAGAAUGUUUCUCUUUUAAUAGUAUAGAUUUACAUAAGUUUUCUAAGAUCAGUGUUAUUACUUGAUUUUUAAUUACAAAUGUCCCUUAAAUCUAAUGAUAUUGAACUAGUGAUUUUUAAACAUUAAAUUCAAGUUCAUCGUUAUUAGAAAUGUUUGAGACAUUGGGUUUUUAAUGAUUUCAAAGUGCUUUUCUAGAUCUUUUAGGGUUUUUUUAAAGACCAAGAAAGAAAAUAUCUAAUACACGUACAUGUAUUUUGUAUACAGAGAGACACAUUAUUAAAGACGGAAAGUAAUUUCUUACAUUUUAUAACAGCAUUAUACAUAUCAAACAUUGGAGACAUAAACGACAACAGGUACACGACUUUGAAGCUUAAGACACAAACCCUAGACCUUAUUCAUGCAUAUGGUUAACCCAUACACAAGCAAACAUAAACUGGUCACGACACAAAAUGGAACAACACGUACAUUCACCGAAC